AUGGCACGUUCAAAGCAAAUCGCUCGUAAGUCACCUUGUGCUCCAAGGAUGCGAAUAAAGCAAAUCGCUCGUAAGUCACCUUGUGCUCCAAGGAUGCGAAUUAACCCUAAUGCUGGACUUAAGAUUAAACCAACUACAAUUGGAGUUAAGAAGCAAGAUACCAGAAGAUACCAGAAGAGUACUAAGCUCUUGAUGAAAAAGCUUCCUUUUCAGAGGUUGGUCCGUGAAAUUGUUCAGAAAAUCGAGAUUGAUCAUCUUCGUUUCCAGAGUGGUGCUGUUCUUGCAUUGCAAAUGGCUUCUGAGGCACACCUUGUUGGUCUCUUAGAGGAUGCUAAAUUGUGUGCUAUCCAUGCUAAGAGAAUCACUGUUAUACCCGAGGAUAUACAAUUGGCAAGAACGAUCCGUGGUGAAUGUGAUCAAGAAGGAUGGCUACUUAUAAGAAGUUGA